AUGAAGACAAUAAAGUGUUCGCCACUUUUAGCUAUGCUGCUCGGUUUCAUUAUCGUAGCCGUCGCCAUAUCCACCAUCUCCGUCGAGGGCCGUAACCACCACGUCAAGAAUAUCAAACCGAAACACCAUCGUCAUUCCAAAAAUAUCCCUACCGGCUCUCCUGCUCCGGCACCUUACCCGUCCACGGACGAAGCCAUUUUCGACAUUCGCUCCUUCGGUGCCAAGGGUGAUGGAGUCUCCGACGACUCAGAGGCAUUGGUCGGAGCGUGGAAGGCGGCUUGCAAAGUUGCCGGAGGGAAGGUGGAAAUUCCGGCAGGAAAAGAGUUUAUGGUAAAGCCGGUGACGCUACAAGGGCCGUGCAAGGAGGAGACAUUGGUUCAAAUAGAAGGAACAUUAGUGGCUCUGGAGAAGGUAGGGUCAUGGCCUAAGUCAAGCUUGUUUCAAUGGCUUAACUUCAAAUUGGUCAGCCAUGUCACCAUCCAAGGCUCAGGGACUCUUGAUGGUCGUGGCUCCAACUGGUGGAACUUAGACACUUACCAAACUCAGAAGAAAAAUAAGUAUAUCCCACCAAUGAAGCCAACGGCACUUAGGUUUUAUAGAAGUGAUAACGUGACGGUCCGUGACAUAAGCAUCGUGAACAGCCCACUGUGUCACCUGAAGUUUGAUAAUUCUGACGGAGUCAAAGUCAACAACAUAACCAUCUCUUCGCCGGCGAAUAGCCCAAACACCGACGGAAUCCACCUCCAAAACACACGUAACGUCGAGAUUCAACACUCUAACAUCGCCUGCGGAGAUGACUGUGUAUCCAUUCAAACCGGCUCCUCCAACGUACAUAUACACCACAUCAAUUGUGGCCCUGGCCAUGGCAUCAGCAUAGGAGGUCUAGGGAAAGAUAAGAGUGUGGCAUGUGUUUCUGAUAUUGUUGUGGAGGAUAUCUAUAUACAGAACACUCUUGCAGGUGUUCGGAUCAAGACUUGGCAGGGAGGAUUAGGGGUCGUCAAGAACUUAACAUUCUCGAACAUACAAGUAACGGACGUGCAGAUACCAAUAGAAAUAAACCAGUACUACUGCGGCAAGUCCAAUAAGUGUAAGAAUCAGACCCGCGCAGUAUCGAUUUCCGGCAUUAAAUACAGCAACAUCGUCGGUAGUUUCACGGUGCACCCGGUACGUAUCGAAUGCAGCAACAACGUACCAUGCAUGGACGUGGAACUUAUGGAUAUAAGACUAAAACCUUCCAGAGGAUUACAAACACAUCAGCAACAACAAGCUUUGUGUUGGAACUCGUACGGUAAAACACAAGAGCCGCUGGUUCCUUCAAGCAUUGGUUAUUGCUUGAAGAAGAGUAAAACUGGUGGUUACUAUCCCAAGAGUUUUAUUACUUCGUCCCAUGAUAAAACUUGCCCUUCGUAA